UCAGGCCUUUGUUCAAAGCUUUGUUAACUUCUUCUUCCUUCAAGAAAAACAAAAAAAAAAAAAAAAAAAAAGAAGGAAGAGGAGAAGGGAGCUUGAAUAACCUUAAUAUCUGAUAUUAACAGUUCUCAUGGAUACUUCAAGAAGAAGUAGAGAUGGACCUGUGUCGAUAUUAAUGGAAGCUCAAGCACCCUUUGUUCAUGUGAAAAACCAUGAAUCUCUCCCUUCUUCAGUAACUCUUCAUGAAGGAAUCUCACUGCUGUUAUCAAGAUGGUUUGCUCUACAAAUGGCUGUCCAAAAUGAAUGGGGUGGUGACGAUUCUUUCUACAAAUCUCAACUUCUUGUGUCCGAAAUUGAAUCCUGGUUUUCUCAACCUAAAAAUUCUGUCAAUUUGGAGGAUUUGGAGAGUUUGCUGCAUGAAAGAUUGUUACUUUCAUUCAACACUGAGAUUGAAGAUGGCAGUAUUGAAGAGGUUGCAGAAGAGUUAAUGACGAUGCAUGAAGAAUCUCUGCAUCAUGGGAACCUCGUCAGGACAACGUCAAGAAGCCAACAACUUAAUUAAAUCCCUCAAAAUCCAAAGGCUCUUCUUUGAAGAACAGUUAUAUGGUUUGAUGUGUACCUAAUUCAAAUGGUUAGCUAAUCCAUGAUUUGACUCAAUAGUUGUUUUUUUUUUUUUUUUUUUGGGAUUAUGUCAAAUUCAUACUUUAUCUACUUCUGUUGAAACCUUUUCCAUAUGUAACCAUUUCUAUAGCGUAAAAUAAAUUUGUAAAUAUAAUUCAGAUCGAUUGUUCUAAUGUCAUAUUGUUUUGAGACAGAAAGAGUAUUAUACUAAUUCAACGAAAAUGACUUUUAUGAAAGUGAAAAGAUUAUGUGCU